AUGGUACACAGUUCAGACUUCGAAGAAUAUUUGCGGCUACAACAAAUAUUCCAACCUAGCAGUGAGAAGCAUAAUUCCCAUGCGGAAACGUCUGCUAUGCAACCACCUCCACCUCUCCCCUCUGCAGAUUGGCCUCCUCACAACUCUUCUGUGAGCCACGCCUCCACGUUCCUUGGCCCCAACUGGACUAUGCCGACCCAAACACCUGCAUCUGCGGCAGGACAUAUACCUGCGUCCUCUACGAAUUGGCCUCUUUGCGGCCCUUCUAUGAGCCAUGCCUCCAGGUCUCUUCACCCUGGCCGGACUAUGUAUACCGCCGUAGGUCACCCCGCAGCGGACAACUUCUACCAGAGCAACAUGCAGCUCUCCCCGACCAUGCAGUACAGAGACACUGAGGUUGGAGCCGAAGACCACCUCAGCCAGGGUCAAACCACAACUCAUACCUGGUUCUCGACACCACGUCCCUCCACCCAAGAGCUAUCCCCACCAAACCAGCAGAGUGGAGCUGCUAAUGUGGAGUCAACUUCUGUUCAUGGUGAACCGCAACAGCAAGAGUGA